AUGGACAACCACAAACUAAUGUGUAAAUAUCUUAAUAUAGCUGAUAGUUAUUUUAAUGGUAAAAAUGUCAAUACGAAGAUAAUUAACAAAAACACAGCCAUCAAAUAUUAUUGCUAUAAUGGUGUUUGUAAAACAAAUGAAGCUAGUAUUAAUGCUGUUGCCGCAUAUAUAUUUAAGCAAUUCAAAGAUUCAAUAGAAAAUAGUGAGUAUAAUAAAUAUGAUGAAUAUUUAUUGAUGUGGCUAAGUGAUAAAUUAUUUGAGAUACACGACAAAAGCGAAGACAAAGACAACAAAAUUACUUCAAAUCAGGCUUAUGAGACAUAUUUAAAGAAACAUAAAGGAAUAUUGGAUUAUUGGAAUAUUUUUUUUAGUAGAAAUGAUUUGAAAGAAGCUAAUCUUAAGUAUAUGAGCGAAUUUUAUAUAUUACUUAAUAAAAUAUGUAAAACAAUUACAGAUUAUGAAAAAAAACCUGACGAAAUUACGAACAUUAUUACGAAUUCUACAGAAUGUUCUAAUCAAUAUAUAUCCAUUUAUAAUGAUAUUCCUAAAUGCCAAUCAUAUCUUUAUUUAUUGAAUAAAUUAAAAGGUAUAUAUGAUGAUUUUAGAAAUGAUGCUAUUAUGAAAAAUGAUUCAAACAUUGAUUUAGCAACUGACCUUAAAAAAUUUACAAAACCAGAUGGAGGAGAGAUGGACGCGGUGAGAGGUUUUAAAUCAUAUAAAUUCAGUGAUUCAAAAUGUAAAUCCUUGGAUAAAAAAAUUACAAUGUCAAAAAAAGCGGAAUCACCAGGACCCCAAGCAUCAAGUCAAGGACCGGACUCUGAAAAUAAAGGGAAUAUGAAGGGCACUAAACAAAGCGGGCAAAAAAAUGGAAGCGAUAUAUCAACAGGUACAGAUGCUGGAACAGGAAAUCCAGGUAGUGUAUCAGGUGGUGAUCAAGGAAGUCCAGGUAGUGGAGCUAAUGGAGGAGGUAGUGUACAAAAUGAUCAAAGAAAUCCAAGUAGUGGGUCAAGUGAUCCCGUAUCAAGUACAUCAGGAGGGUCUUUUCAUUUUGGGUCAUCAUUUCUUGAAUUCCUAUUUAAUGGAACCGAGAAAUUUAAUAAAACUUCCGAAUUUAUUCAAAAAAAUCAGCAAACUUUUAAAGAUGCUAAGGAUAAAAUCAGUAAUGCAUAUAAUAACACUGUGGAUAGCUUGAAAAGUGUUUACAAUGCAUCUAGUGAUUAUUUUAAUACCGUUAUUAGUAAUAUAACUACCCAAUUAAAUCAAUUAGAUAGUCCUUCUAAAUCAGGUGGUAGCCAGCCCGGAUCAGGCCGUCCACCGGCUGGGGGAAAUUCAAAUAAUCAGUUAAAAUCACCUCAAUCACCAAGUGCAACAGAUCCAACAGAUCCAUCAAAUCCACCACCAAAAGUCUCAUUACAACAAAGUCAAUCACCUCCUCAAUCGCAACCUAACACACAGCAAAGCUCACAAAUCGAUCCACCUAAACACAAAACGGAUGACAGUACAAAUCUUCAAUUGGUAAAAUCACAAAGUCCUGAUCCCAAUUUGAAAAAAAAAUGGAGCAUAUUUCCAACUGCAUGGAAUGGAUCAGAGGAUUGUAAACCUGAAAUAACUUUUAUGAAUACCACAUUAGUAUGUUGCACAUCGGAACAGUGCAGUUUAACUGGAAUCCCUGUUACAUUUGUUUUAAUACCCAUUAUUUUAUUAAUUGUGUAUAAGUAUUUAUCAUUUGGAUCAUCAAAAAAAUCAGAAAAAAAAAACAUGAAGAAAGUUAUAAAUUUUCAUGAUGGAAAAAGAAAGACAAAAAUAAUAAGUUCGAAUGAUAAGAAAAAAAAACUAAAACCGGUUAUAAAUUCAGUUGGUGGAAAAAAAAAAUUCAUUAUUAAAUAUAUACAAAAUUAUACAGGCCGAUCCUAUGCCAUUUAUUAA